UCGCACCUGGGCGGGCAGGACAGACCGCAUCGCACCCGGGCGGGCAGAGAGACCCGUUCCCGCACCUGGGCGGGCAGAGAGACCCGCAUCGCACCUGGGCGGGCAGGACAGACCGCAUCGCACCCGGGCGGGCAGAGAGACCCGUACCCACAUCUGGGCGGGCAGAGAGACCCGCACCCACACCUGGGCGGGCAGAGAGACCCGCAUCGCACCCGGGAGGGCAGGACAGACCGCAUCGCACCCGGGUGGGCAGGACAGACCGCAUCCCCACCCGGGAGGGCAGGACAGACCCGCACCCGCACCUGGGCGGGCAGAGAGAUCCGCAUCGCACCUGGGAGGGCAGGACAGACCCACAUCCCCACCCGGGAGGGCAGGACACACCGCAUCGCACCCGGGAGGGCAGGACACACCGCAUCCGCCCCUGGGCAGCGCCGGCAGCCUCCUGCCCAUCCCGCCAGGAUGAGCGGCCGCGCCGGGGGAGCCGCGCCGGGCGCCGCGGGGCUCUGCCCCGGCCACGAAUUUCAAAAUAAAGACCUUCACGGAUGCUGCCUGUGCCCUUUCCAGUCUCACUGACCAUCCCAUCCAUAAAUCCCUGCACUCUGAGCAUGCUGCAGCCUCCAAAGUAAUUUAGCACAGGAGGAACCCAGCCUGAGUCCAGGAUGAGGUCUCUCCUAUGGACAUUGAACUCCCAGCUGCCUGUGCCUGUUGCCUGUGAUGGAAGAGCUUGAUGUGAAUGUGAGUUCGAGUGAGGCCUUCGGCAUCGCGGAGAAGAUCGUGCUGCUCUCCUUCAUCUCCGCCGUCAUCCUGAUGGCCAUCCUGGGCAACCUGCUGGUCAUGGUGGCCGUGUGCCGGGACAGGCAGCUCAGGAAAAUCAAGACCAACUAUUUCAUUGUUUCCCUGGCCUUUGCUGACCUGCUGGUGUCGGUGCUGGUGAUGCCCUUCGGGGCCAUGGAGCUGGUUCAGGACAAUUGGAUCUAUGGAGAGAUGUUCUGCCUGGUGAGGACCUCGCUGGACGUGCUGCUGACCACGGCGUCCAUCCUGCACCUCUGCUGCAUCUCCCUGGACAGGUACUAUGCCAUCUGCUGCCAGCCCCUGGUGUACAGGAACAAGAUGACCCCGCUGCGCAUCGCGCUGAUGCUGGGGGGCUGCUGGAUCAUCCCAACCUUCAUUUCCUUCCUCCCCAUCAUGCAAGGCUGGAAUAGCAUAGGCAUCAUUGAUCUGAUCCAGCAAAGACAGUUCAACAAGGCCUCCAACUCCACCUACUGCAUCUUCAUGGUGAACAAGCCCUACGCCAUCACCUGCUCCGUGGUGGCCUUCUACAUCCCCUUCCUGCUGAUGGUGCUGGCCUACCACCGCAUCUACGUGACGGCGCGGGCGCACGCGCGGCAGAUCCGCCUGCUGCAGCGCGCGGGGAACCCGGCCGAGCCCCGGCAGGGCCACCAGGAGCCCCGGCAGGACCACCAGGAGCCCCGGCAGGGCCACCAGGAGCCACGGCAGGGCCACCAGGAACCACGGCAGCACCCCCCUGACCAGCACAGCACCCACCGCAUGAAAACCGAGACCAAAGCCGCCAAGACCCUGUGCAUCAUCAUGGGCUGCUUCUGCCUCUGCUGGGCCCCCUUCUUCGUCACCAACAUCGUGGAUCCCUUCAUUAACUACACGGUGCCCGGCAAGCUGUGGACGGCCUUCCUGUGGCUGGGCUACAUCAACUCGGGCUUGAACCCUUUCCUCUACGCCUUCCUCAACAAGGCUUUCAGACGUGCCUUCCUCAUCAUCCUGUGCUGCGGCGACGAGCGCUACCGAAGGCCUUCCAUCCUGGGCCAGACCGUGCCCUGCUCCACCACCACCAUCAACGGCUCCACGCACGUGCUGAGGUACACGGUUUUACACAACGGGCACCACCAGGAACAAGAGAAGCUUCCCAUCCACACCGACCCCGAAUCCCAAGAGUCCUGUUUCUAGUCCUGGCCCAGAAGAGGAGGAACAGAGGCCUUUUAGGAUGUCCCAAGGAUUCACAGACAGCAGGACUUGAAAAUUCAUCCCUCUGCAUUGCCAUGGUGCCUCCUGCAGUGAAUUCCCAGGAAUGUCCAGCCUGUGGGAGCUGGGUGGGAGCAUGGGCAGGGUCAGGACUCUGUCCCUGUCCCUGUCCCUGCAGGAGCAGCUGGAGCCAUGCCAGGAGCUGGCAUUCCUGGCAAAGCCAGGACCAAAACAGCUCCAAACCCCCUGUGUGGGACUCCUGCUGCUCCUUUCCAGCUGCUCCUUUCCAGCUGUUCCUUUCCAGCUGCUCCUCUCAGCUGCCCCUGCUCAGCUCACCCUGUCCUGGGGGUCACAGCUGUGGGGUGGCCCUGAACUGCUCCAUCCCUGCUGCCCCUGCCCGGGCACUGCCAGGGGAGGAGCAGCCCCACGUUUUCUCCAGGAGAACAAGAGGAAAUGUUGCUGCCCUUGGGUUCCAGCCCUGCUUCCCCCACCCUGCAGAGCUCCGGAGGGCCCUGCUGGCGUUUUCUGGCUGAGGAGGAUCCCGGGGUGUGCAGGAGCUGAGUGGGGCCAGCUCAGAGCCAUGGCCCUGCUCUGCCAUUCCCAGGGGAUGGGACGUGCCCUGGAGCCCAGAGCUGUCCCCAUCCCUCCCCUGAGCUCACUUUGGGCAUUCUGAGGCAGCAGAAGCUUGGCCAGGAGCCAGAGCCAAUGGAUCACUAAGUGCCAUCGUGGAAAACAAACCACCUUUUCUAGCUACAUUUGGGAAAGAGACUUCUACUUACCUUUGCCACCUUUAUUUUUCUAUUUGUUGCUGGUCUCUUCCAGUCGAGGCAAGAAGUUUUCCAGACUUUGCAGUCUCACCAUUUGCAAAGAUCCCAGUCCUCAGCUGCUUCCUGCAUGUCGGUGUUACCACAUUCUCCCCCUCUGCAUGGAAAGGGUGGGCAAGGCUCUAAACUCCACAAAUCUGGGAAAAGGAUUUUCAUGCAGGAUCAAGACCAUGAGCCUUGACCCUUUUUAGGUGAAGAUCUACCCCAGAGAUGUCACCCUGAGCCUAGAAAAUACAAUUGUACUUUGUUGUAUCGUGGAACCAUGUACAGAUAUUUUUAAUGUACAAAGAGAAGCUGACAUUAUUUAUUAUUUUUUAUCAGGAACAUGUGGUUUUUUCAUUAAAAGCUUCUAGACCAAGGAGCUUAACAUUCUAUGUAUUAUUAUUUAGUAAUAUUUCUGUUGCUAUGUGACAGGUAUUUACUGUAAACAGACAAAUCCCGCUCGGAACAAACAAAAAUGUUGCUCAGUAGGAGAAAUAUUGUGCAUGAGAAGAACAAAUGGCUUCCUGGCCAUGGUGUCUGACUUCUUUAAAUUAUUCUUCCAAAGCAAAGUCACUGAUAAAGCUUCACAUCCUUUUCCUGUAGGAUUCAGAAGGACACUGUGCAGAAACAUCCCCAGUUGGAAUGCUGAGGUAGAAAAUUGCUGGCUGCUGGGAAGGCACAAAUUAUUGCUGUUUGUGGUGGAAGGUGCUCCAGGUCCAUCACUGGGACCUGGUUGGCAAUGACCUGUUUUUACUGGGUUUUAUUUCAAAAAAAAUUCAUUUAACUUUACUCUUGACACCAGAACUGUGGAGUGAAAAAGAAGCCAUUAUUGAAAGUUUGGAAAAAACCCACCCAGGGCUGCUUUGGUGCUGUGAUCCUCCUCUGUGGAACUGCCCACAGGGCUUUGGGCACAUGAGGCUGCAGAGCAGCUUGGCUUGGUUUCACCUCAAGUGUCAAAUUUCUUAAAGAAAUCCUUAAAAAAAGCUUUUCUCUGUCCCCAGAGAAGGACAUUGAAAUUUUGGUGUGAAGUUUCCUGGAGUGAGAUGGAACCAGAAGCACAGGGAGGGGAUUUUGGAUCUGCUUUGUCCUUCAGGCGUUGUUUUCUCCUUUAUUUUUAUGUGCAUUAGGAAAAGAUCUCUUUUUAAUUUAAAAUAAACUCCUACUUUCCCCAGGGACAACAUUCCCAAGGCUCUGUCAACGGGAGCAGUGGCUCACCAGCCAAAAUGGUCAAAGGCUCUCACUGGGAAAAGGCUCCCCCCUUCCAGCUGGAUGAAAUUCCAAACACCAAUUGUCCAUGUCCUGUGUCACCUCUAAUCCCCCCCUGGGCUCAGCAACCCUGUCAGGAACCUCCUGGCAGCUCCUGCUCAACCCACCAAAGAUCCCAGCACAGCUGCUGUGCCCCCAGCCAUGCCCCUGUGCCAGCAGCAGCGGCACAAUUCCCCUGGAAAAGGAGUCCCAUGGAAAGCCCCACUCUGGAAUUCCAUGGCUGCUCCUGCAGCCUCCCAGUUCAGCUUUGCCCAUCUUGGCUGGUGGUGCCAGUCCUUGCCUGUGCUCAGUGACGUGUGGUGUUCCUACAAAUAAAAACUCCUCUCUGGCCAUGGCAGUGAA